UAUUCUACCGUCUGAGCUGGAGUCAUUCUUUUUUCUAUCCAAUUCUUCUCUGCCUCUCCCACCCGUCCCCUCCAUUUUGACACUUUGCCGACGCCCACCUCCGCAUCAUGUCCGCUAGCAAGAAUGACGCUUCCACCUCUGAGGUAGCGAAGCCCGCCGCUUCGGAACAGCCCACCAACGGCCAGGGUUCCGAGAACGAGCAACCCGCGGAAAAUGGUGACGGUCAACAUGUCGACAAUGUCUUCCAAUUGACCAUCAAGCUCCCCCAUGAGCCCUUCACAACGACCACUAUGGUCUCGACACAAGAGCAAGUGCAGGACCUCCGCCAGUCUAUCAUCGAGCAGCCGCAGACCUUCCAGUACUCUUGCUUCCAUCUCGAACACAAUGGGCAGCGCAUCAACGACUUCGUCGAGCUCUCGGACGUUCCCGACCUCAAACCUGAUUCCGAGUUGACCCUUGUGGAGGAUCCAUACACAGAGAAGGAGGCACGAAUGCACGUCAUCCGCGUUCGAGAAUUGGUUGGAGCUGCUGGCGAUCGCACCGAUGCGCUGCAGGGUAUCUCCGCCGGUUUGUCCCUCCAUGAUACUAUUGGAGCCGAGACCAGCGAACCCACCCAGUCGCCGCUGUCCGAGUACGACUUCAAGGCACCGGGGGUUGUCAAGACUCUCCUGCCACCUACACAAGAGCCUGCUCCCAAGACCGUUAGGUCGAUCGCUGUUUCCUCAUGGAAUCCGCCACCAUAUAACCUUCGACAGAAGGGACAUCUUCUCUACCUGGUAGUCACCACGGCCGAGAAUGACCAGUACCAGAUCACCGCCCAUGUCGGUGGGUUCUUCGUCAACAAGUCUUCCAACCAAAAGUUCGAUCCUUUCCCCCGCCAGGCGCCCAGGGAUCAUUCUGCACACUCCCUGCUCAAUGUUCUCUCCCAAAUCUCUCCAUCAUUCGAUUCAGCAUUCCAGUCAUUGCUUGAGCACAAUGCUAAGAAGGACCUUCUUACCAUCUUCCAGCUUUCCAACGCCAUUCCCGCCAACCCUUGGGUGGUCCCUGCCUCCACCGUAUCUCCCUCCGCACACCAGGCGGAUUUGGGACGGACGCAGGAGACAUAUUUGAUCUCCGGUGUGGAUAGCACUGAGACAUUACGUGACUGGAACGAGGAGUUCCAAUCCACCAGGGAAAUGCAAAAGGAGGCAGUCCAGGAUCGUGUCUUCCGGGAACGACUCACCUCGAAACUCUUCGCUGAUUACAACGAUGCUGCCACUCGCGGUGCCAUGCUUGUGGCUCGGGGCGAGAUUGCUCCUCUCAACCCCACUGAGGCCAAGGAUGCACAGAUCUUCGUGUACAACAACAUCUUCUACUCCUUUGGCGCUGAUGGCGUGGGUACUUUCGGCACUGAGGGUGGUGAUGAGGCUGCCCGUGUCGCCGUCGGUAAAGAUGUUGUGGGUGUCCGCGCUGUGAACAACCUUGAUAUCCCUGGCCUCUUCACUUCCGGUACCGUUGUUGUUGACUACCUUGGCAAGCGUAUCGUCGGUCAAAGCAUCGUUCCGGGUAUCUUCAAGCAGCGUGACCCUGGUGAGCACCAGAUUGACUAUGGCGCAGUCGAGGGCAAGGAGAUCGUUGCAGACGACAAGUCAUUCAUCCCGCUGUUCGAGCAAUUGUCGAAGGCGUUGCGUGUCAAGAAGCAUCCUGUGUGGGACAAGGACAAUGUCCGCCACGAGUUGGAGGGCAGUGUCGAGACCAAGGGUCUGAUCGGUACCGAUGGAAGACGCUAUGCUCUGGACCUGUACCGACUCACCCCCUUGGACGUGGCCUGGAUCGAGGAGCACUGGAGCGAACCAUCCAAGGAGGGAGAGCCUAAGUCUGGAGACAAGGAUUAUCCCCACAGGAUGGCGACUCUCCGCCCUGAAUUGGUCGAGUCUUACUGGCGAGUGAAGCUGCGAGAGUACGUUAACAACGAGCUUGCCAGGAAGAAGGCAGAGAAGGAGAAGGCAAAGGAGGAGGAAAGCGAUUCUGAUGACUCUGAGGAGAGUUCAGAUGAGGAUUCCGAGGAGGACUCGGACGAGGACUCUGACGAGGAAUCUGAUGAGGAAGAGAAGAAAGAGAAGGAGGCGAAGAAGGAGAAAAAGAGGAAGGAGAAGGAGGCGAAGAAGGCUGCCGAAGCCGCCGAGCAAGAUCGUGUGGAUGUUUCCGGCUUCCAGUUCGCCUUGAACCCUGACGUUUUCUCCGGGCAACAGCCCCAAUCUGACGAGGACAAGGCAGCAUGGGCUAAGGAUGAGGCCGAAGUGCGAGCUGCCUGUGCUCAUCUCUUGACCGACAUUGUUCCCAAGCUGAUUCAGGAACUCAAGGACGGCGAGGUUGGAUUCCCAAUGGAUGGCCAGUCUUUGAGCUCUUUGCUCCACAAGCGUGGUGUCAACCUUCGAUACCUCGGAAAGAUCGCCGAGCUCUCCGAUAAGGAGGAUCCUCGUCUCCAAGCAUUGAAGCGUCUCGUAGUCCAAGAGAUGAUUGCUCGCGGCUACAAGCAUUUCGCAAACUCAAAGUUGCGCAACGUUGCUCCGCCAUUUGCUGCUGCCGCCAACGCCCAUCUCCUUAACUGCUUGCUCGGAGGGGAGGUCAGCGCCAAACCUGUCGCUGAGAUCGACUCGACCCUGAGAUCCAUCUACCCCGAGGUCGACUUCAGCUUCGAGAAGCUGACUCCGGAGACCUUGAGGAAGGAAGUCAAGGCUCAGGUUGCCCUUCGCUACCGCUACAACCUUGGUGAGACAUGGGUUGAGCCUGGCAAGCAGCUUCAACUUCUCCGUGAGGUUUCUCUCAAGCUGGGUCUGCAGUUGGAGGCCAAGAGCUAUGCAUUCACCAAGGAGGCUCUAGCAGCUAGCGGCGCUGUCAACGGCACUGCCGCCCCUGCUCCCGCAAGCAACACCAACACCAACGGCAACACUUCUGGUGGUAGCAAGAAGAAGGGCAAGAAGAGCUCCCCUGCACGCGCCGAGAGUCCUGUCGCCCCUCUUGCGGUCCAGACCUUCCACGCCGAUGACAUCCUCAACAUCGUUCCUGUUGUCAAGGAAGCUUCUCCUAGGAGCUUACUCGCUGAGGAGGCGUUGGAAGCUGGCCGCCUAUCUGUCGGUCAGGACCAGAAGGAGCUUGGCCAGGAGUUGCUUCUGGAAUCUCUUUCAUUGCACGAGCAGAUCUACGGCGUUCUCCACCCUGAGGUAGCCCGUGCAUACCACACCUUGUCCAACAUGCUCUAUAACUUGGAUGAUAAGGCCGCGGCUGUCGAGCUAGCACACAAGGCUGUCAUUGUCUCGGAGCGAACUCUUGGUGUUGACCACACAGACACCGUCUUGAGCUAUCUUAACCUUGGACUUUUCGAACAUGCCAACGGCAACACACAAGGAGCCUUGACUUACGUGCGCCACGCCCUUGAACUUUGGAAGAUCAUCUACGGUCCUGACCAUCCGGACUCGAUCACCACUAUCAACAAUGCUGCCGUCAUGCUCCAGUCGAUGAAGCUGUACCACGAAUCGCGAGUGUGGUUCGAAGCCUCUCUCGCCAUCUGCGAGGAGGUCUCUGGCAAGAACUCCAUCAACACCGCCACCCUUCUGUUCCAGCUUUCCCAAGCUUUGGCUCUGGACAAGGAUAUGCGUGCUGCCGUCAACCGCAUGCGCGAGUCUUACAACAUCUUCAAGGAGGUUCUUGGAGCCGAAGACCGUAACACCAAGGAGGCCGAGCAUUGGUUGGAGCAGCUUACCCAGAGCGCUGUCAGCCAGGCGAAGCAGCUGCAGGAUAUCCAGAAGGGUCGUUUGCGCCGUGUGCAGAUUGGCCGGACCGGACUACGACCACAGGCUCCCGUUGGACAGACUGCCGCGGAGGUUACAACGACAUCACGUACGCGACCUGGUACUGGCGGCGUUGACCAGCGCAGCAUCGAUGAGCUCCUUAAAUAUAUCGAAGGAGGUGACACUCCUAAGAAGAGCACCAAGAAGGGCCCCACGAACCCUAAGAGACGGACACAGAAAGCCAACUAGGUCCAACAACUUCCUAAUCAUUUCAACUGAUCAAACAAAUCAUAGUCUUACGAGACGAACUAGAUUUUGUUGAUCUCAUUACGGCCGUAGAUGAAAAAAGAAUGUGGGUAAAAGGUAUCGCGGUUGUACACUACUUAUGACGUUACUCUCUUUCGCGAUGAUGAUGGAUU